AUGGCGCAGGCCGCCUUGCCCCGGUGGCAGCAGCUGGCACUUUUGGAGCCUGCUAUGCAGAGGUGGCAAGGAACAUUUCCAGAGGUUCGUUUGUUUUGCUUGCGAAGUUUUCAUAGUGAAGUGCUGGAUGUAACACUGAACUUUGGUCGAUUAAAAAUACACCAGACGAGGAGGCGCGGCCCGGCCCGCUGCCAGGCACCCGGCGCCGCCUUCCCAGAGUGCUUCAGUGUUGGGGUCCGCCGGGCUUCCGCCCGCCGGCAGCGCCCGUCCGCGGCGCCAUCUUGUGCUUGGGCGGGUCGCGCAGGGCGGCGGGUCGCUAUGGAGUCAGAUGAUACAGGAAAUCGACUUCGGUUCCAGCUGGAGUUAGAGUUUGUUCAAUGCCUGGCAAAUCCAAAUUACCUCAACUUUCUUGCACAAAGAGGCUACUUCAAAGACAAAGCUUUCGUAAAUUAUCUUAAAUAUUUACUUUAUUGGAAAGAACCUGAAUAUGCAAAAUACCUAAAGUAUCCUCAGUGUUUGCAUAUGUUAGAGCUGCUCCAAUAUGAACAUUUCCGCAAAGAACUGGUAAAUGCUCAGUGUGCUAAAUUUAUUGACGAGCAACAGAUUCUUCACUGGCAGCACUAUUCACGGAAAAGAAUGCGUCUCCAGCAAGCACUGGCAGAGCAGCAGCAACAAAACAACACCUCUGUAAAAUGAAAAACACAUGGAAGAGUGAUCAUAAGGUGUACUUUGUGUCAGCUGAAGUAUUUACAAGAGAGGAACAAACCCUUUUGUAGGUUUGGCUCUGGGUGUGUGUAUGCUUUAAUUUUUGAUUUAUCAAGUGAUGGGACUGUUUGGUGGGUUUUUUUUCUUUCAUCAACUUUUUUAGAGAUACGAGACUGAUAACUACAUCUGCAAUUUAUUUUGUGGCAUGGACAAUUUUGUAAGAGCAUUACUUACAGCAGUUAUUGAUGCCUCUUGAUUUUGAAAACAUGUUACUUAGUGACAUUUAAGUCUUUAACAGAAAGUGUAGCUCAGAAGUCUGUUCUCAGGAGGCAUUUUCCCUGGAGAAUAAUGAUGUGUUUCAAAGUAUGGCCAAGACCUCCCUCAUGUACUACUUUUUACAGCUGCAGGAUGAGCAAAGUUGAAGUGGUGAUACUGUACAAAAUCUAAAUUGUGGAUUUUUGCCUUGAAACCAAGCUGAGCUAUUACUUUGGAUUUCUGUUAACGUGGUAGUCGUUGCUGGGAGUCUUACAGAGUUUUCCUUACAGCGUGUUUUACAGAAAGAAAACAAAGUGAUGAGACAAGGACUGCAGGAGACAAAUAAUAAUAACCUUUGCAAAUACUCAACAGAAGGAAACAGGCUGUAGCAGUAUCUAGUCCAUUAAAGUCAGCUUACUUUAA